UGGAGCUUUGGGGUUGGGACAGAGCUUGCGAGGGGCGGAGCUUCGGGGUUGGGAGGGGCGGGGCUUUGGGGUUGGGGCGGAGCUUUGGGGUUGGGUGGAGCUUGUGGGGGCGGAGCUUGUGAGUUGCAUCCUGUUGCGUUGCCAUCUGUAAUCAGGUUGUUUGCUGUGAGCGGCGUCAUUAGCUGCUCGUUUAGCUUAGUUCAGAACAUUCUGGCUUAUGUGGUGGAACGGGCCGGGUCCGACACUAGAACCUCACAGGUACUCUGGGCCCAGCUGGUGGUUCUGAUCCACUCCUCUUCUUCUGCAGCUCCGUCUCUGAUCAGCGAGCUGCGAGCGGAGAAGGUCGAGGAGAAGAGCGUCACGCUGGUGUGGAGGGAACCGCCGAACCCAAACAGCAGCCACACCGAGUACGAGGUCAAGUACUACGAGAAGGACCAGAAGGACCAGAGUUAUUCCACGGUGAAGACGGCCGCCACUCGGAUUAUCGUCAACAACCUGAAACCUGGAACCACCUACGUCUUCCUCAUCCGUCCCUUCUUGACUCCGGCUCCGUCCUCGUCCUUGUCGUCUUCUCCUCUCUCAUCGACCUCUUCUACAUCUGCCUCCUCUUCUUCCUCCUCCUCUUCCGCUCCUCCUCCCAUUGACUACGGAGCGUUCAGCGCGCCGCUGGAGCUGCAGACUCUGGGCGAGUUAGCCCUGGCGUCCAGCGAACAGAACCCAGUGGUGAUCAUCGUCAUCGUGUCGGUGGCUGCGCUCAUCAUGCUGUUGUCCAUGGGGGCGGGGCUUCUCAUCUGGAGGAGACAGUGCGGCUACAGCAAAGCCUCCCAGGAGGGAGACGAGGAGCUCUACUUCCAGUUUAAGAUCCCGACUCGGAGGACCUACAUCGACCCGGAGACGUGUGAAGACCUGCUGCAGGCCGUCCACGCCUUCGCCAAGGAGCUGGACCAACAGAGCAUCAAGAUAGAGAGGAUCGUCCACACAGGUGACUUUGGGGAGGUGUGCCGCGGCUGCCUGAAGCUGCCCAGUAAGCGGGAGCUGCCGGUCGCCAUCCGGACGCUGCGGGCCGGCUGCUCCGACAAGCAGCGCCGCACCUUCCUGAGCGAGGCCGGCAUCCUGGGCCAGUUCGACCACGCCAACAUCAUCCGGCUGGAGGGCGUCAUCACCACCGGAAACACGAUGAUGAUCGUGGAGGAGAGCAUGACCAACGGAGCCUUGGACUCCUUCCUCAGGAAACACGAAGGCCAGCUGAGCGUCAUGCAGCUGAUGGACAUGCUGACCGGCGUGGCUUCAGGGAUGAAAUAUCUCACUGACAUGGGAUUCGUUCACAAACGGCUGGCAGCGCACAAGGUUCUGGUGAACUCCAACCUGACCUGCAAGGUGUCGGGCUUCAGGCCGCUUCAGGAGGAAAAGAUCGACUCCAUCUACACCACGCUGCACGGAGGGAAGAGCGUGGUUCUGUGGACCGCCCCGGAGGCCAUCCAGUACCGCCGCUUCUCCUCGGCUUCCGACGUCUGGAGCUUCGGCAUCGUCAUGUGGGAGGUCAUGUCCUACGGAGAGAGGCCCUACUGGGACAUGGGCACCCAGGAUGUCAUAAAGGCCAUUGAGGACGGCUUCAGGCUGCCGGCGCCGGUCAACUGCCCCCCCCACCUGCACCAGCUGAUGCUGGACUGCUGGCAGAAGGAGCGGGCGGAGCGGCCCGGCUUCAGCCAGGUCCACUCGGCGCUCAGUAAGAGCGUCCGCUCUCCCGACGGGAUCGGCUCGUCCACGCUGGCGCGCAGGACGCUGAGCUCGUCCAUCUCCCUGGCCGAGCGGCCGCUGCCCUCCUUCCCGUCCUUCAGCUCGGUGGGAGAGUGGCUGGACGCCGUGGACAUGGGCCGCUACAAGGACAACUUCACCGCUGCAGGAUACUGCUACCUGGAGUCUGUGGCUCGCAUGACCGUACAAGAUGUGCUGAGCCUGGGCGUCAUCUCCCUGGACCACCAGAAGCUCAUUCUGGCCGCCAUCCAGACGCUGCGGGCGCAGGUUCAGCUCAAAAACCUGGAAUAUCAGGAAAAAACAAUUUUUCUGUCAGAUUUCAGAAACUUCUUGUAAUUCUGAUGAUUAAAUCUCAGAGAAGGAAAAGCCAAAGUUAGAUCUGAACAUUGAGAAGUGGUGGUGGGACACCAACACACUGAAGGAGCUGGUUGUUCAGAGUUCUGUAUCCAAGCAUAUUAAUGGAAGAUUGAGUGGAAGGACAAAGUGUGGUAGGAAAAGAUGCUGCAGCAACAGGGAGAACCGCAGCGUGGGAAUCUGGAGGAGCUCCAGCAGGAACUGAGAGAAAAAGACAAAAAUGUUCCCAGAAUGCUGAUAUUUCUGCUUAAAACAUCACCUUAUUGAUCUGAUGUAAUAUUCUAAAUUUCUGAGACAAAACUUUGGGUUUUUGAUACUAUAUUUAUUCUAAUAUUCAGAUUUUCUGUGACAAUUUUUGGAUUUGUCUCCUAUUUCAUUUUAUUAGAUUUUUUUUUUGUUACGAUUUUCUGAGACAAUAAAUUUUGGGAUUUCAGUCUUAAUUUAUUUUUUUUAAUAUUCAGGUUUUCUGAGAUCUUUUUGGAUUUCAGGCUCUUUUUUUAACUUUAUUUCAUUUUUAUUGUUUUUUUUUAUGUGAAGCAGAUUUUGAAUUUUCAUUCUGUGAGCCAAAAUCAUCAGAACUACUAGAAACAUUUCACUGUGUGUGUGAAAUUUGAUUGAUUGAUUGAUUGAUUGAUUGAUUGAUUGAUUGAUUGAUUGAUUGAUGAGACGAGGGACAGAAAUGUUUUUCAAUUUAUGGUGUUUUCCAGGCGCUGCGCCCCCUGGCGGCCGUCCUGCUGUAAACAUAUUUAUCCAUAUUUAUUCUCUCCGCUGAGGAAGGUUUUAUUUGUUCGGUUCUGUUGGGUUUGGACUCAGAACCGGCAGAGGGAGGUUUGAACUGUCGGUACACAGUAUCUGUGCGUUCCUGAACUUGAACUGGACUCGCUGGUUCUGUGGCAUCAUGUGUGAUUCCUGCUGUAAACAUGAUGUUGUUGCACUUCUUCUUCUCCUCUGCGCGGUGAGCUGACGGUCCGGGUCGUUUGGGUUUCUUCUUCUUGACGCUCCCCGUCCAGCUCCACGUAACCAGUUUUGAUGUUUAAUACUGUAAAUAUGUAUCUGAAAUGCCAAAUCUAUUUUUAUAAUUUGUUUGAAUAACGUGUUGAUCUAAUAUCUGCUCACCGUGUAAAAGUUUUACUGGUUACGUUUGGAAUAUAAAACAGAUUGAUAAACAUUUCUUUCUGAUGAUUUUUACCUGACUGAAGGAAAUCUGAUGGCUGUUGCAAUAUUUAAACGUGUUAUUAAAAAACUCCAAACCCA